AUGGUCUCUGCUAGAUCUAACUCUAGCUAUUCCAGCAAUUUUCUCACAAAACAAAAUAAUGCACACGGAUCGCCUCUGACCAGAGUUGGAGGCCAAGUAGUACAACGUAAUAUCCCACAGAGCACAACCGUCGACUCAGCAGCUCGACGAAAUGCACCCGGCAACAAAAAAAGAGCAAAGUUUGAACCCGCAACGGACGAUGAACCCCUUAGUUCUACUGACGAAAGCGAAGAAUUAAGUUCCCAUGCAGGAUUAUCGCCUUCUCCGGAACCUCGACGGAGAUCAUAUGGGUGGUCGGCUAAAGUCAGUGCUAGAAAAUCAUCUCAAGAGGCCGAGGAUGAGGAGAAGGAUAAACCAGUGUCAAAACGGAGGAAGAAAGAGAUAAUUACUCCACGGAAGGGGAGAAGGCGCUCAGGAAGGACAGAGUCUUCUCCAGUUGGGUCGCCAGAGGAGCGACUUCGUAAAACGUUUCUAGACCCCCCAGGGAAGGAUAUAUUCCCUCUCUCCUCACAGCCAGAUCGUGCGACGAAGAAUCCCACAGUAUAUGGCAGUAAUAUCCAUACUGCUCCGAAAAAUAUGCCUCCAUCUAGAUUCAAACACCCGCCUUCUACUUUUGACGACGAUGAUCUUGUCCCUCGGUCAUCACAGGCCUCCGCGAAGGGCCCUGAGUUCCAAACCCCCCUCGUAAUAUCAACCGAUUUCACCAUAAGUUCCUCAAUUACCGUCCCAUCGCACCUGGGUGACAUUCUUGACGACCUGUCAUCGUCCCCAUUGAGCUCAAUCUCUUCCUCCAUAAGCCUCCAUCUAUCGCAGGAGGAAAAGCAACAUCUCGACUCAGCGACCCAAAUGCCAAAGACGACUAUCUGCCCCAUGUGCGACCAGGUCGUCGAUCCGAGAUUUGUGGACGAAUUGCAGAACCUCAGCGGCCUUAAUUAUAGGAAGAAAGCCCAAUUCUGCCGCAAUCAUACAAGAAAAGCGGCUGAGCGAGAAUGGGUCGAUAGAGGCUAUCCGACAAUUGACUGGGAGAAUCUCCACAAGCGCAUCGAGAAACAUUAUGCUGAAUUGGAUCAGAUAUUAACGUGCAAAAAGCCAUCGUUUUACCGGAACGUAUUGGAGUCUGCCCGUUCUGGGGAGCGGAGGGGUAACCUCCGUUUAACGGUGCAUGGAGACGGGGUGGAUAAAAUAUCAACUGGAUAUUACGGCCCUUGGGGUGCGAAGAAGAUGAUGGAUGCAAUCAUCGGCCAUUUUGCAUUGAAAUUUAAUAGCCUGGCCCCGACGGACACUCUGAUAAAAGCUGCUGGAGUCUCCGGCUUCGUGCAAUCAGUCAUGGUUCCGGAAUUAGCGGUCAUGUUAAUCAAGGAAGAUAUGAGUAUUGGAGACACAGAUGCUCGCCUGAUCUUGACGGAUAGCAUGGAAAUUGGGAAUUUGCUCAACGAGCAGCCUGAUGAUGUUAUUAAGCGAGUUGUCAGAAAAUGA